AUGGCUCAAGCCCUGAAGUCAAAAGCCAACGAGCUCUUCAAACAAGGCGACUAUGUCGGUGCCGAGGAACUCUACUCCCAAGCUAUUCUCAAAGACCCGCACGACGCGACCUUCUUCACCAACCGCGCCGUUACCCGGAUCAAGCUCGAGAAAUGGGCCGACGUUGAACAUGAUGCCCGUGCCGCUAUCGAUAUAUACGGCCUGAAGAAUACGGCGACACUCAAGAGCUCCUAUUACCUUGCCCAAGCGCUUCUGGGUCUCCAGCGCCCGCAGGAGGCAUAUGAUGUUGCCGUGAGUGCAUACCAGCUUAGUCUGACGGAGAAGAAUGCGCAGACGGAGAACUUGUCGCGGACUGUUUUGCGGGCUAAGCAGCAGAUUUGGGCGGCGAAGGAGACGGCGAGGUUGCGGGAGAUGAACGAGACAUUGCGGGGUGUGGAGGAGCUUGUUGAGCGGGAUUUGGAGCGCUCGAUUGCCGAGUCUAAGGCGCAGCUUGAGGCGGGGAAGAUUGGGGAGAUUGGGUUUGGGGAGGAUUGUAAGGCGUUGAGGGAGGAUGCGGCGAAGAUGAUUCAAGAUGUGCGGGAGGCGUUCAGGAUUGCUUCUAAGGGGGAGGUACAAGAGCGGGUUGUUCCGGACCACUUGGUCGAUGGCAUCACAUUUGAGAUUAUGCAUGAUCCUGUUAUCACCCCAUCUGGCAUUAGCUAUGAUCGCAUCGGCAUCGUCAAGUAUGUCGAGAAAGCUGGUGUGGACCCAGUCACCAGAGUCGCCAUGACUGUUAAAGAUUUGCGGCCAAACUAUGCUCUCAAGGCUGCUUGUGAAGAGUUCCUGACCAAGAAUGGGUGGGCAGUGGACUGGUGA